AUGUUGAAUAAUUCAUUCAAUCAAAACGUAACAAAAUUUAGUAUCGGUAUUAAUCUUAUUGCAAUCUUAUCAAGUAGUCUAGGAAUUCUGUUUAAUUUUAUUCUUAUUAUUAUUUUAAUUCAUUAUGGUAAAUUUACAAAACAUUCGAAUAAAAAUAACAGUCGUCGUAUUGGACUUGUUCAUUCAAUUAAUACAUAUAUUCAUCUUAUUGGAAUCUUAUCGACACUUCUAUUAAUGUGUAUUCAAACUUUCUAUAGUGAUUUAUAUGGAAAAAAAUAUGAUGAAAAUUUUAUUCCAUGGCAUUGUCAUAUAUUAGCUUAUCUUAUGACUUCAUUUGCAGCCGGAGUUUAUGGUUCAUGUUUUUUACAAGCACUUUUUCGUUUUUGGCGAAUUACUAAAUCAAGUCGAAGUCGUUUUCAAAAAUUACCAUUUCAUAUUCAACUUAUUUUUACCCAUUGGAUAUUUAUUAUGCUAUUAUUAUUACCUACUUUACCUCGUACUAUUUAUAUAUCAUCUGAUCAUUUCUGUUUAACUCCAUUCGAUGAUCGAUUAACAGCAGCAUAUACUUCAAUAAUUACAGCUAUAAUACCUGUUAUUGGUAUAUCUAUUAUUUAUAUAAAAAUUAUAUUCUAUAUAAAACAUCAUUCACAAGCUAAGAAACGUUGGAAACAUAUAAAACGUGAUGUGUUAAUAAUUCGAAGAAUUCUUUUUUUAGUUAUCAUUAUAUUACAAACAAGUAGUGCAGGCAUAAUACUUUGGAUUUUAACAUUUUUUGAUAAACGUCUUCAUCCAUAUUUUUAUCGAUUAUUACGUUUUAUAAUUAUAUUAUGUAUGAUUAUAUGUAGUAUGGCGUUAUUAAUAGUUUCUCCACAGUUAAAACGAGCAUUACGAUCAAAAAAUCCUAAUGAUCAAAGUCGAUCUUAUACUAAAAAACCAAAUACUUCUUCAAAUAAUAUGGAAGAAAUCGCACCAUUUGAAACUUUAACGACAUUAUAA